CAUCACGACAUGAAGGCACUCUCCUACUAAACACGCAUUCUUUCUUAAAAUGCAGUUGCGUAACAGACCGUCCUCAAAUUUACUAAUACGCGCAUUAACGUGAUAACAUGAUAAGCCUGUUAUCUACGUGACAGGUUAAUUAUUUCAUCAGACUGAACAUUCUCUAUAAAAACGAGUAACAUCCAUUACUGUCAUUACAGUUUGACUUGGAGGUGUAGGCUGUUCCCUUUUCUUUUCGUCCUCUCUUCGUUUAACACAUAAUUACUGACACUGCCAUUUAUCUGUGACGACACAGACGGAGCUGCUCAGUUGGGUCACCGGCCGCCAUCGUGGAAGGAAGGGAGAUCUCGAGGACGAUGGAGACACUUCGCUUGUUGGCAGUUUUACACCUCUGUUUAAUACCAGUAUCUAUAUCAGCUGUAGAAUAUGUUACAGUCGACAUAGAAGAAGGCACCAUCAGAGGUAGGAUGUUCGAAACGUAUACAGACAAACCCAUGUACAGAUUUGAAGGUAUUCCGUAUGCAGAACCACCAGUUGGAGAUCUCCGAUUCCAGCCACCAGUGAAAAAGUCGGCGUGGACUGGCGUGAAAGACACCCUGACGGCGGGACCGAAGUGUCCCCAGUACAGCAGCGGAGAAGCGAUCGGUGACGAGGACUGUUUGUACCUCAGCGUGUUCGGUCCAGGGACGCCGACGAGAAAUGGAACACUGAAAAAUGUUAUGGUUUUUAUCCACGGAGGAUGUUUCACAGGAGGAGCUGGUUCUGCGAGACCGUACUACUACGUGGACCAGGAUGUCAUACUUGUCAACAUAAAUUAUCGAUUGGGACUUCUGGGUUUCCUAAGCACCGGCGAUGAGGUGGUCCCUGGGAACAUGGGUCUAAAGGACCAAACAGAGGCCCUUCGCUGGGUCCAGAGGAACAUACAGGCUUUUGGAGGUGAUCCACAAAAAGUAACUAUCUUAGGUCAAAGUGCUGGAGGUGCAUCCGUUCAUUACCACGUUCUGUCUCCACUGAGCAAAGGUCUGUAUAAAAGCGCCAUAGCGAUGAGUGGAUCAGCAUUGAACCCUUGGGCAUUCACAAUAAACGCUACAGACAGAGCAGUGCGGUUUGCCAAACACCUGGGCUAUACUGGGAAAAGUUCCACUGAUCUUCUGAAUUUUUUCAAAAGUAUAAAUGCGAGCACACUAGUGAAGGACAGAACUGCUGCUCUAUCGGAAGAGGAUAGCCUCAGUUUGUUCACCUGUGUCUGGACGCCCACUGCAGAGCCGGAACACGAUGGUGCCUUCUUGACGGAAAAACCAUGGACGCUUGUUGCAGAAGGCCGCUACAAUCUCGUUCCCUUCAUGGCUGGUAAUACUGACCUCGAGCGAGUUGGACACACACAGAAGGGUGGUAUAUUAUCUACUGAAAAACAAAUAAACAACCUGAAUGAGAACUUUGACGAGAUUGUGGGAUGUGAUCUACGACUUCCGACGAGGGAAGAACGGUUGAAAGGUGCCGCGUCCGUCAAAGAGUUCUACUACAACGGCAGCGACAUCACACUGAAGGACAACUACACCACCGCUCUAUUCGAUUCCCAUCAAUUUUUUGUGGAAGGAGUAGACGCUGUUGUUAGAAGCAUGGCCCGCUAUUCUUCUAAGCCUGUGUACACCUACCAGUUCUCGUUCGUUGGUCCCCUCAGCGCAUACCCUGGUGGCCCAGGUGCAGCUCACACCGAUGACUUGAAAUACAUGCAUGCAGCAGACACUCUGGAUUCUGAUUCGGAUGGAGGUAUUAUCAGGGAUCAGAUGAUAAAGAUGUGGACAAACUUUGCUAAAUAUGACAAUCCAACGCCGGAACUGACUUCCCCACUGACGGAAACGUGGAAGGAGUACGACGAAUCUACCCCAUACUACCUGGAAAUAACGAGACCCCUUCGCCUCAGAACUAACUUAUCCGAGCCAUACUUGACCUUUUGGCACAACCUGCUACCGUGAUGACAUUUCAUGUGUCACUAAUAAGCACAGUAAAACAAUUUCGUACAAGUUGUCACUUGCUUAAACAGAAAAUCUUUAAAAGCAACAACUUUUGUGCCCUAUUACAGAUACUAACAGAUAUUACUUCAGGACACAGGUAGUCAGACGGCAGAAUCUGCAUAAUAUGAAGUUCAGUAUAUUCACUCUGUUGUGCUAUGAACGAAUUUACGAUAACAGAACUGCGUUCUUCAGAGACACAGUUGCACUAAGAUGCUAGUAUGUUGGCAUGUUGCAUCCUAAGUUUUCUUAUCUCGUAUUCUGUAGAAGAUAAUGAUUCCACGCAGAACCUGUUUUGUGAAUUAUACCGUAUAGAGAGAAUUGGUCUCUCUCAGAAACGCGAAAUUAAUAUAUUCUGGAAUACCUUGCAAUAUGAUUUUUCUUAACCUUUCCAUUUUGUCUAUUAUUCAUCACACUAUCCCAAAAUAAUAAUUAUCUGAGCUACAUUUAUUUCGAAAGGUUAGUUCUAUAGUUACUUGAAAUUAAGUUUUUACAUGUAAUUUGUCUGAAAAAUCAUACAAAAUAAGCAGUUGUGCUGCCAUGUUUUCGUGGAUAAUUGUCGCCAUUAUAAUUAUUACUUCCAUGUUAUUCCACAGAAAACAUAUCUGAAGGGUUUCAAUACACGAAGGACAUCAGUGUGCAAUCAAAACACUAACUACAAUGAUUAAUAAUUUUUUAGGAUAUGAAAUAUGCAAUUUA